GUAAAACGAGAAAGGUUUCUAUUUGUGUUGCUGUCUUAUUGUUUGGGAAAUAAAAUUUCAAUAAUAAUUUUAAUAUUGCAUGCUAAACUGUGAAGAUUUAUGUUGUUAAAUUGUUUAAAAAUUAUCCACGGAUAAGCUGCAACACAAUUGGCCACUAAAAUUACAAUAUUCAUACAACCGGGAGUAUAAAAGUGUUAGGAUGUACAUUAAAUCUGUUAUUAUAGAUGGUUUCAAGUCCUACGGACGACGCACGGAAAUUCAUGGUUUUGACAGCGAGUUUACAGCGAUUACCGGCUUGAACGGUACAGGCAAGUCAAACAUAUUAGAUUCUAUAUGUUUUGUACUUGGUAUAAUGAAUUUGGGACAGGUGCGUGCUGCAUCGCUGCAAGAUCUUGUAUAUAAAAGCGGUCAGGCGGGUGUUACAAAGGCUACCGUUACAUUAAUUUUCGACAAUUCCGAUCCAAAUCAAUGUCCACUGGGCUACGAAAAGUGUCGUGAAAUCUCUGUUACGCGUCAAAUUGUUGUUGGCGGUAAAAAUAAAUACCUAAUCAAUGGUAAACUUGUGCAGAAUAAAAAAGUGUCGGAUUUCUUUUGCUCAGUGCAAUUGAAUGUUAAUAACCCGAACUUUUUAAUUAUGCAAGGACGUAUAACCAAAGUGUUGAAUAUGAAGCCACAAGAAAUAUUGUCAAUGAUUGAAGAGGCAGCAGGUACUAGUAUGUAUGAGACAAAGCGUGAGGCAACUACCAAGCUAAUUGAGAAGAAGGAUGCCAAAGUACGUGAAACAAAUACACUACUACAAGAGGAGGUCGAACCGAAAUUGGAAAAGUUGCGGCAGGAACGUGCAGCAUAUUUGGAAUUUCAAAAAAUUUGCCGUGACAUUGAAUAUUUGACACGCAUACAUAUAUCUUAUCGGUAUCUGAAACAGAAAGAGGCGUUACGUUCUAUUGAAGAAAAUAUUGAAAAAAUAAAUAAUCGCAUCGAAACAUGUAAAACGAAUAUCAAAGAUAAUAAUGCUGAAAUAGAAAACAUUGACGAAAAAUCCAAAGAAGUGCAAGCACAAAUUGAUAAUGAUUGUGGUGGUGCACUGAAGGAAGUGGAAGAAGAACUUACGAAACAGGUCGUGGAAGAAGGUAAAAUGGCGGGUAGUUUGAAAUCAGCGCAAACUAGUAUCGAUCAAGAGCAAAAAAAAUUACGCGCUUUAGAGAAAAAUAUUACAGAUGAUGAGAAAGCGCUAAAACAAAAGGAAACACAAAUGUCAAAGGUGCACGAUCUGUUUCAAAGCCUUAAAGAAGCUGAUGAGCGCGAUGCGCAAGCCUACGAUGCGGCGCAGAAAAAAUUCGAAGCUGUGACAAAAGGUUUGUCGGUGGACGAUGAUGGUCAGUCAUGCUCACUGCAGGAUCAACUAAUAAAUGCGAAACAACAACUCAGCCAAGCAGAGACAACACUUAAAACUUCCAGCAUGGAAUUAACACACUGCCGCAAUGUGCUCAAACAACGUGAGAACGACAAACAGUCUAAGGAUACACUCUACGCCAAGGAUCAAGAACUAUGCGAUAAACUCGAAAGUGAAAUAGCUGGACUCAGCGCAAAAAUGCAAGCCAUUGAUUAUGAGGAUGGCAGCUACGAGGCUUUGCAAGAGCGUAAAAAUGUGCUACAGAAGGAGAUACGCGAUUUAAAUCAACAACUGGAUCGACGCAAUGCCUAUCGCUAUGAAUUGCAAUAUCGCGAUCCUGAACCGAAUUUCGAUCGCACUAAAAUGCGUGGUAUGGUCGGCAAACUUUUUAAUGUGCGCGAUGAAAAGAAUAAUCUCGCCUUAAUGAUGACAGCCGGUGGCAGCUUAUACAGUUAUGUGGCGGAUGAUGACAUAACGAGUAAGAAAAUACUGCAGAAAGGACAAUUGCAACAUCGUGUCACCAUCAUACCACUUAACAAGAUCACUUCACAUCCGAUUGAUCAGAGCGUGGUUGAUUUCGCACAAAGUUUGGUGGGUAAGGAGAAUGUGCAGUCGGCUUUAUCGUUAAUCGAAUAUGAUCGUUACUUUGAUCCGGUAAUGAAAUUUGUUUUUGGUCACACCUUGGUUUGUCGCGAUUUGAAUAUAGCGAAACAGGUCACUUAUCAUCGCAACAUUCACUCCCGUUCGGUAACUUUGGAAGGCGAUGUGGUUGAUCCACAGGGUACGCUUUCUGGUGGCUCACGCCCGAAAGGCAGCAAUGUCUUGGCUGAAUUGUCGGAAAUUAAAAGAUUGGAAAGAGACAUUGGCACGCGCAAAAAGGAGUUACAUAAUAUUGAGCAAAAAUUACGCAUCACAACAGAAGCAGCACGCAACUACAAUCGCAUCAAGGAGCAACUGGAGCUGCGCCAGCAUGAGUUGAACGCCUGCAAGCAGCGUUUGGCGCAAAGCACAUUCCAGCAGCAUCAAGAGGAAAUGAAGGCAAUGCAGCUGCAAAUCGAAACACUCGAAGGCGAUCUUGUCAAAGCGCGCGAAACGCAAAAGACAGCACGCACCAAAAUCAAAGAUAUUGAGGCAAAGCUAGCCGAUGCUAAAGGUUUUCGAGAGCGCGAGCUAAAAAAGGCGUCCGAGGACAUGAAAACGGCAAAGAAGAAAUCCGAGGAGUCACGCAACAAUUGGAAAAAACGCGAACAAGAAUUCGAAACAUUACAAUUGGAAAUAGAGGAGUUACAUAAAAGUAUUAAAAAGACCACCGAGCAGCGCGACUCUAUGGUUCAGAGUAUUGAGAAACUGAAAACGAAUCUGGAAGAACUGCGUACUGGCAGUACAAGCAUCACAAAGGUGGUGGCUGAAUUGAAGCAACGCAUCAAAGAGCAAAAAGAUAAGAUCAACUCGCAGAAUAGAGAGCUAAAACAAUUGUUGGUUAAAAAAGAAAAAUUGGCAAAAACCAAUCAAGAUAUGACAUUGGAAAUUAAGAAAAAGGAGAAUGAGGUCAAUAAGGUGCGCAACGAUAGCAAGGACUCAUUUCGCAAAAUCGAAACGCUCGAGGAGAAGUAUCCUUGGAUAUUGGAGGAUCGUGAAUUUUUCGGCACGAAAAACACCCGAUACGACUACUCCAAAGAAGACCCGAUCGAAGCGGGACAUAAAUUGAGCGUUAUGCGCGAACAAAAGGAUAAAAUGGAGCGACAUAUAAAUCUGCGUGCUAUGAUACUGUUAGAUCGCGAAGAGGAGCAGUAUCAGGAAACAAUGCGUCGCAAAAAAAUCGUUGAGCAGGACAAAGAAAAGAUAAAACACAUCAUUUGUAAGAUGGACGAAAAGAAACGUGAGAAAGUUGAAAAAGCCUGGAAGGUUGUCGAUGAGAAUUUCAGCAGCAUAUUCAGCACAUUGCUACAGGGUGCGCAAGCACGUCUUAAUCCCGUCAAACAGGCAGGUCAACUGUUCGGUUUGGAGAUAAAUGUCGGUUUCAACGGCGUAUGGAAGGAGUCCCUCAGCGAACUCUCCGGUGGUCAACGCUCAUUGGUUGCGCUAUCGCUAGUUUUGGCUAUGCUUAAAUUUUCACCCGCACCACUAUAUAUACUCGACGAGGUGGACGCAGCGCUGGAUAUGUCACAUACACAAAAUAUCGGCAACAUGUUGAAGGCGCAUUUUACCGGCUCACAAUUCAUUAUCGUCUCGCUGAAGGAUGGCAUGUUCAACAAUGCAAAUGUGCUGUUCCGCACCAAAUUCGAAGAAGGCGUAUCGGCUGUUACACGCACGGUCAAUGCGAAGUUGACGCAACGCGGACGUAAGUGAAAUGCGUGUGCCAACACAGCAGCGUUUUGCAUGUUUAUGUUAUAUUAUAUAUUAAGAAUUUAUUAACAAAUCACACACGCUAAAGAAAAGAAAAAAUAAACACUUUUGGUAUUAAUACAAUAAA